UGAUAUUAAUAUAAUAAUAAAGUAUUUGAAUUGUUUGUCAUUGAAAUUGUAAUAAAUUUUGUCAAUAAUUUAGUUAUAAAGUGAUUACAAUCACUGCAAUAACCGCCACAAUGACUGAAAUGGCUUUAUUGAAGUCCAAGAUCUGUGAGUACGGACCCGAUUCUGGCGGUCGUGUGAAGGGAACAGUUGUUGUCAAACCAGUCGUCUACGGAAAUGUUGCCAAAUAUUUCGGUAAAAAGCGUGAAGAGGACGGACACACACAUCAAUGGACAGUCUAUGUAAAGCCAUACAAGAAUGAAGACAUGUCUUCAUAUGUCAAGAAAGUUCACUUCAAACUUCAUGAGUCAUAUCAAAACCCGAACCGAAUGAUCACUAAACCUCCUUAUGAGGUGACAGAGACCGGUUGGGGUGAGUUUGAAAUUGUCAUCAAAAUAUAUUUCAUUGAUCCUAAUGAACGACCCGUCACUAUAUACCAUAUCUUAAAGUUAUUUCAAACUGAUCCCAGCAAUAAUGUAAUCAAUGUUAAGAAGCAUUUAGUCUCUGAAUUUUACGAUGAAAUCAUAUUUCAAGAUCCAUCGGUUAUGAUGUCACAGCUAUUGUCAUCAAACAGACAGUUGACUUUAGGACAGUUCAAACACGAGACAGACUUCGACGACAAGAAAGAGAGAACACUCAACACUAUAUUGAAUGCCAAGAAUAAAGUUCGUCUCGAGAUUUCAGAUCUAAAGGAAAGACUUAAAGUGGCCAAAGAAGCCAUCAAUAAAUAUAAACAAGAAAUCUCUAAAAGUAAUGAAUAAUAAUUUUUAAAAAUUUUAAUGGUCUGUCAACUCAUUAAAUAAUUUGAUGUCAUCUUUAUAUAAAUACUGUAUAAAUAAGUUUUAUAACAAAA